CCCAAACAAGUUUGAUGGCGUGACUGCGACGUACUUAAGAUUUACACGUUCAAAUGAUUGUCUCAGAAGUAAAAAGUCAUUCUAGAUCUGCCAGGUAUAUCUCCUUUAAAAUCGCUAAAAGGCCUCUACAAAAAACACAACAAUGGAUGUGCUGCAAAGACGAGCAGUUGAAGAGGACACGGUUCAAUACCAACUCUUCGUAAUUCAGGGAGGCGAUUCAAAUUUAAAUCAGGCUGAAGAACAUCUAUCACAUCUGUUAGAGGAGGUUUUGGCCAAAGUGGCCCCCCUCCUGACACACUACAUCUGGCAGCAUCAGUCAUUCAACCUCAAGUAUCAUUCAGAGAAAGGAGGUCUUCCUGCCCACAUCGGAGGCAGCACUCAGUUUGGCGACAGUGUGGAGGAUGAGUGGUUUAUCGUUUACCUCCUGCAGCAAAUAACUGAGGCCUUUCCAGAGCUAGCUGCCAGAGUGGAAGACAAUGAUGGAGAGUUUCUUCUGAUUGAAGUCGCAGAUUUUCUUCCCAAAUGGUUAAAUCCAGACACCAGUGAGAACAGGGUUUUCCUCCACAGGGGCGAGUUGCACAUCCUCCCAUGCCUGUCCCAUUCCAGCUCAGUGGGAUUCCCAAAGGACGUGACACCCACUGUGACACAGGCUCUGACACUGCUCUCCACAAGCCACCAGGCCUUUCGAGCCACCCCCAAGCUCUGUUCAGCUUUGAGAAAAAGAUUCAAGGGGUACCCAGAGAAGAUUAAAAAUAGCCUCCACCGUGCCCACUGCUUCAUACCUGCAGGCAUUGCUGUGGUUUUGGCACAGCGUCCAGACUUGGUGGCCCCGGCGGUGUCUGCUUUCUAUCUGCGUGAUCCACUGGAUCUCCAGGCGUGUCGAAGCAUCAAGACUUUUCCUCCUGAUACACGCGUCCUCACCUCGGUGACUUUCACUCGCUGCCUAUACGCUCAACUUCAGCAGCAACAUUUCACCCCAGACCGACGGAGCGGCUUCAUGCUGCCUCGCUGCUCCCACCCGCACUACAAAGCCCACGAGCUGGGCAUGAAACUGGCUCAUGGCUUUGAGAUCCUGUGCUCUAAGUCCAAGCUGUCGUCUUCAGAAGUGGAUUCUGCAGUGAGUUGUAACCCUCAGUGGAAAGGCUUCAUGAACAGUCUGAAAAGGAACGGCUACUUUCAGGGAGAAAUGGAAGGUUCUGCUCGCUAUAGAGAACUGACAAAAUCAGCAGAACACUUCUUCAGACAGUCUGUUGCUUCCACAUGGAGUGCUUCCUCUCCAGGUGAGGAGAUUCUCCAGCUGCUGCACAGCUGUGUUCCUUUCAACAUGGAGGAACUGAAAAAACAGGAGUCGCAGCUCCCUCAAGAGGACAGUGACAGCUGGUUGGACAUUACAGAGCAUGAAUUGGAAGAGAUGUUACAGGAGAGAAGUGGAGGGCAAGUUGAUGCCUGCAGCCAAAGCCACCGUGCCACCAACAGCGCGGGACGCGUUGGUGGUGUACAGGAGAGGAAGAGGAGUGACAGAACGGACAAAGACAAAAAGGAACAGCGGGAGGCCAGUUACAGCCUUGUAGCUGUCAGUCAGGGAAUGAAGAACUUCCUCAGGGCCAUGUCAUCUCACGAGGGUGUCGAAGUGCCCUGGACCAACUUCACUCAGCCUUUUAGUUUUGACCCGGACUCCAUGGAGAAUGCUCUGGACAGACUGCUGAGAAGUCAAGUAGAAGAAGAGCUAGAUUCAGAUGAUCUUGAAGAUGACGAAGAGGAGGAAGAAGAAGAAGGAUUCUCUGGUUCUCCAGAGAAAAGUGGGCCGGAGACUUUGGAUAGUCUCAGAAGAUACAUGGACCAAAUGGAUGAGGAGUUGAUGGGCACUAAUGUAGGACAAAGCUUUGUACAGUCGAAGUAUAACAAGGACAGCUUUUCUGUGAGCUCCCAUCAUCCUCCUGCCACAGACAGUCCCCAGAAGGACGGAAGUGAGGAAGAAAAACGGGAAGAGAUCCAGCCCCUUGAUGUGGACCUCAACCUGGUUACUAAUCUGCUGGAGUCCCUCAGCUCCCAGGCAGGUUUAGCAGGACCAGCCUCCAACCUGCUGCAGAGUUUGGGAAUACACCUCCCUCCCAACUCUGAUCCGUCAUAAUGAAAAAGACUUUCACCUGAAGGCCAGUGAGGAGGAGCUUUCACACUGCGGUGAUUUAGAUCAUUUUUGCUGUGGACAUAUGAAAAGAAGCACAGUGUUAGACAUUACGUCCAUGAUGUUCUAUUGCAUCAUCUUACAGUCGUCUUUUAUGUGCCACGCUAAUUUGGAGGACAAAUUUCUAUUACCACCUAUUGUACUGGGGCCCUCUGCUGUCCAGAUAGAUGUAUAACAUCAUAACUGCUUUAUUCUUUGUACCUACACAGAUGAAAUCUAAAACAAAUAACAUAUUUGAUGCUCAUCAAAAUGUGUACAUAUUGGUGUGCAGAAACAUAAAAGCAGAGAUGUAUUUAAACCA